CUAAUUUAAUAUCUGCGCAUUUGUCGCUACUCGUGGUUUAAGAAAUAUUACUGUCGUUUGUUAUAAUGACAAGAAAACACACCAGCUGUAUUCAACCAUCUAGCUAGCAGUCAACAGUGAAUGCAUUUUUAGGUCUCAAAAUGUCGUAUAACAUUUUUUAAUUCACAGGCUAAAAUGUAUUAUUAAUCAUGCACUUGUUAAUAACAUUAAUAUUUGUUGUAAAAUGUUGUUGGCCACUUCAGUUGAGUUGCACGCACAUUUGUGUGGCAUUUCGGAUCUCUGAAAGGUUAAAGGUUGAAGUUGAAUGAGUCGGCGCGCCAAAUCAAAACACUUUGCAGACAGGAAACUUGAUGGGUGCGAUCUAAACAACAGAUAGCGUGCAAUGGAUCUCAGUGACUUUGAAGCUGACAACUCUGUCAGCUGCCGCCUGUCCUCCGCCAUUCCGGACAUCUGCCGGACAAGAGACUGCUGCCUGGGCAUUGACGAGGCGGGCAGAGGACCUGUGCUUGGGCCCAUGGUUUAUGGGAUAUGUUUCUGCCCCAUUGACAGGAAGGAGGAUCUGAAAGAGCUGAAAGUUGCAGAUUCGAAGACACUGACAGAAGUUGAGCGGGAGAAUCUCUUCCAGAAGCUGGAUGAGGCAAAGGGUUUUGUGGGCUGGGCCCUGCAGAUCCUUUCCCCCAACACCAUCUCCACCAGCAUGCUCCAGAGGACAAAGUACAAUCUGAACGCGCUGUCCCAUGAUGCAGCCAUUGGCUUGGUGCAGUAUGCCCUGGAUUGCGGUGUGCAGCUCAAAGAGGUGUUUGUGGACACUGUGGGCCCAGCGGAGAAGUACCAGGACAAGCUGUCCCAGAGGUUCCCUGGGGUGGAGGUGACCGUGCGGCCCAAAGCUGACUCACUCUUUCCCAUCGUCAGUGCUGCCAGCAUCUGUGCCAAGGUUGCCAGGGACCAUGCGGUGAACUCCUGGAAGUUUGUGGAAGACCUUGUUGAUGUGGACCUUAAAUAUGGCUCAGGAUAUCCUAAUGACCCAAAGACGAAGAGCUGGCUGCAGAAGUACCUGGACCCGGUGUUUGGGUACCCGCAGUUUGUGCGCUUCAGCUGGAGCACCACGAGGACCCUCCUGGACGACAAGGCUGUGGCAGUUCACUGGGACGAUGACGAGGAGGAUGGAGAGAAGGCUGCUGCUCGGAUGAACUGCUCCUCCAUGCUGUCCUACUUUGCGAAGGGCCAGAGCUCUGCCCGAGAGACACACCGCUUCUUUUCUGAAAGGAGGCUGCAGUCCCUGGACACGCUGUGAGAGUGGGCACAGGGCAAGCCCAUCUUGUUCAUAUACACUUAUAUACAGUACACACACACACACUGUGAGAGGGGGCACAGGGCAGGACCAUCUUGUUCAUAUACACUUAUAUACAGUACACACACACACUCACACACUGUGAGUGGGCACAGGGCAGGACCAUCUUGUUCAUAUACACUGAUACACUGUACUCACUGACACACACACACUGUGAGAGAGGGCACAGGGCAGGACCAUCUCGUUCAUAUACACUGAUAUACAGUACUCACUGACACACACACACACACACUGUGAGCGAGGGCACAGGGCAGGAUCAUCUUGUUCAUAUACACUGAUACACAGUACUCACUGACACACACACACCGUUCUCCAGGCAUCCUCUGUGUUUUGAAGUCAAGCUCCUGUGGAACUACAGGCUCCUUUAGUGGAGCAACUGUCGAAUGAUGGUGACCAGGUAAACCAAUCUCUGGAGCUGGUUCUCAGUGGUACACUUUCAGUGUUUUCUGUUUUUGUAUUGAUAAUAAAUUUGUAUUGCCAAAAGUU